AUGUCAAAAUCACCUUUUGCUGAUGCAAUAGCCGCGCUAGCGUCAAAUCACCAAGUUCAGCUAGCACUGACCGCGGUCGGUGCAAGUCUAGCUACAAGUUUUGUUCUUACAACGUAUAAUACCUUUCAAAGAAACGCGCGUACCAAAGCUGCAAAAAGAGACGCUCCCGACGUACACCUCCCAUUGAAUCGUGACACUUCUGGUAUUAGCUUCACAAAAGAGAAGAAAUACGACGAAGAAUUAAUAAAAGAGCAGCUCGCCAGAAAUAUCGUUUUUCUAGGGGCCGAAGGUGUGGAGAGAAUUCGCCGUUCUUUUGUAAUUAUAGUCGGAGCUGGUGGUGUUGGGUCGUGGGCUGCUUUGAUGCUUCUUCGUUCCGGAGUUGAACAUAUAAGGAUAAUUGACUUUGAUCAAGUCACGCUCAGUAGUUUGAAUCGACACGCGGUUGCAACUCACGAAGAUGUGGGCACACCAAAAGUUAUCGCAUUGAAAAGAAAUUUCGAACAGAUUGCUCCAUGGGCGAAUAUUGAGCCAUUGACCCAAUUGUUCAAUAAAAAUAGCGCGCCUCAACUCUUAGCUGGAAAUCCUGACUUUAUUGUUGACGCAAUUGAUAACAUUGACACGAAGCUUGCUCUGCUUAAAUACUGUCAUGACAAUCAUUUACCGAUUAUUAGUUCUAUGGGUGCUGGCGCUAAAGCUGAUCCUACGCGAGUACAGAUAAGUGAUAUUGGCCAAACACUCGAGGAUCCGCUGGCGAGAGCCGUUAGACGUCGUCUCCGAAAAAUGGAUGUAGAAUCUGGCAUAACAGUAGUAUAUUCCACCGAAAAACCAAAUAUCAAAUUAUUGCCAUUAGAUGAAAGCCGAACUGACAAUGCUGAUGAAUAUGCUACAUUACCUGAUUUUCGAUCACGGAUUCUUCCAGUAUUAGGAACUAUCCCUUCCAUUUUUGGAAUGACUAUUGCCACAUACAUUAUCACGACGUUGGCCAAUUAUCCUAUUCAGCCGCUAGCAAAUAAAAAUCGUGAUUCUUUAUAUUCUCGGAUACAUCGUGAUUUACAAGUGAGAGAGAACAAAACCUAUAAAACAGAUAUAAUUCCAUUAGAUAAACGCGACGUGGGUUAUGCCGUCGACGAAAUUUGGCGAGGUCGAAGUGUGAUCUCGGGAGCAUCAGAAAAAUUGACACUAAUACGUUGGGACAAAACAAAACCAUUGAGUCUAGAGAAUUGUGUGCUGCUCACGAAGGAGGAAGCAGCGAAACAUGAUGCGAUAGAAGGAAAACCAGAAGAAUAUUAUCCACGUGAAAUUGUGGAAUUGGUUCACGCGCGAUUUAAGGAAGAACGAGAUUUUGCGAUGUUUCGAUGA